AUUAUUUUCAACAGAAGGGGAAAUUAAAGAAAUCGAAAGGAGAAAGCAAAAAAAAAAAAAAAUAGAAGAGAAAUUGGGAGAAGGCGGUAUUGUCCGGUAAUAAUUGGGCAACUACCUUACCCUAACCCCGGGAAGAACAUCCCAUUCCUUUUUCGGACUUUUGUUUCUUUUUUCCCCUAAUUCUGAACAAAGAAGAAAAAUCAUCCAAUCUCUCACACCCAACUGAAACAAAAGUCCCAUAAUUUUGUGAAAUCUUUACGACAAAAUAACAUAUCUUCCCUUCAAAUAAUCUCAAGGAACAUAUAUGAUGAAUGCCAUGCAUAUAUGCACAUACAUGCAUAUAUGAUAUAUAUUUAUUGCAUUAUUAUUAUUGAUUGAUUAAUUAUUAAUCUUAGUCCUGCAUUUCCAUUCGUCGUGGUCAGCCUCCAUCUGUGAUGUUAUUUCGACACGAAAACAAUUGAAAGAGUGAUCAGGAUUCAGGAGCAUGAAUUCAUUGGAAUUGUAACAUUGUGAUCUGGAUUCUUUGAAUUCAGAGGGUAAAAUGUCUAUUCACCAGGGCAACUCAGAAGGCAACAAUGUUUCAGGCUCCUGCCUCUAUGAGCUUCUACAAUUGGAAAUCACUCCAAGCUUUCGCCGUCAAUUGGAAAUGCAUGACCGUUCUCUAAGUCCUCGGGUUAGAUUGCAGGCUUUGAUGAAAGAGCCAGGCAAUAGAUAUUGCGCAGAUUGUGGAUCUCCAGAGCCCAAAUGGAUAUCUGUGAGUCUUGGAGUGGCUAUAUGUAUCAAGUGUUCUGGUGUACAUAGAAGCCUUGGGGUCCAUAUAUCAAAGGUUUUAUCAGUGAGCCUUGAUGAGUGGACAAAUGAGCUGGUAGAUUCUCUGGUGGAAAUGGGCGGAAAUGCCGUUGCAAAUUUGAAAUAUGAAGCUGCCAUUCCAGAGAAUUAUAAAAAGCCAAAACCAGAUUCAUCCAUAGAAGAACGCACUGACUUUAUAAGGAGAAAAUAUGAACUUCAGCAAUUUUUGAACUACGACCUAGAGAUGAUAUGCCCAUUUUCAUCUUCAGCGUCAUCUUAUUGUGAUUCAUUAGCAUAUUAUUCUAGCCCAUCCCUAGAGAGGAAAUGUCAAUAUGAGAAGCAACCAAGUGGUCAUCGGAACCACCACGGUGGUUUCGGACACGCAUUUCGCCACAGUCGAAAAAGGAAAGAUUCUGACCACCAGCGGAGUAGGAAAAGCAGCUCUAUGGCAGGUAUGGUCGAAUUCAUCGGGCUUGUAUCAGUCAAUGUGGUGAGAGGGACCCACCUCGCUGUUCGGGAUGUUGUAACCAGCGAUCCUUACGUUAUUUUGUCAUUGGGAGCCCAGUCAGUGAAGACGCGUGUCAUAAAAAACAAUCUAAACCCGGUAUGGAAUGAGAAGCUGAUGCUAUCAAUCCCAGACACCAUUCCUCCUUUAAAAGUGGUAAAGAAGCAUUUUCAUUUCUUUUUGAAUAUAUAGUGAUACACGUGAUAUGAAGUUGAGUUUGGUGGUGGAACGAUUCUGCGUGCAGCUAGUGUACGACAAGGACACGUUCACGACAGACGAUUUCAUGGGGGAAGCUGACAUUGACAUUCAGCCACUUGUGGUGGCUGCAAAAGCAUCCGAGGGCUCAAGUCCGGAGGAGGCUGCUCAUUUGGGGAAAUGGGAGGCAAGCAGAGAGAACACACUGGUGAGGGAUAGUAUUAUAAAGCUGGUGGAGGGGAAGGUCAAACAAGAGAUAUCUAUAAGGCUUCAGAAUGUUGAGAGGGGUGUCCUAGAGAUUGAGCUGGAAUGUGUUCCUCUCACUCAAUAGAAGUCCUAAAGGGGAAGGAAAAUUUUGUGUAUAAUGUGGAGUGUGGAAUACCCUUUUUGAA